AUGGCCCAAAAAUUCUUGUCAGUUCGAGAUUUGGCAUUUUUUGAAGAUGGAAGCAUUGAACUGAGUUCGGGAGAAGGCUCUGAUUUAUGCCUGGUAACUUCGAGUCUCGAGGUUGCUCCAACCUGGCUUGUCGAUACUGUGUGUGGUAGGCACGUAAGCAACAAAACCAGCCCAACCGUGCUCAUUACCUUUACAGAACGGUCGAAUAUUCAUAUCAAAGGAAUAAAGCGAUAUUCAGGUUCAGAUGUUUCCCAUGUCCCUAAAUCUGUAUUUUCAAUUGUUGAUCUUUCAAGCAGUUUGUUUGCAAAUGGCAGCAAGACUAGUGGUGACAAGUUUGUGCCAACUAAUCUAGACAGUCUAGUUGAGAUAGUUGCAAAGUCUAUCACCACCUCCAGAGGGGCACAGGAUGGAUCUCAACUAAAACCUCUGAUUAUCAUCGAAGAACCAGACGUCUUACUUGCUACCGGUCUCUAUACAUGGGAUCAAGUAAGCCGAUUCAUUUAUGACUUGCGUCAGCUAAGCUCUCAAACAUUUGUAUUUGCUAAUGCUGAUGAACCACUUAUUCAGCCAGUGUCUCCAAUUGGAGAAAACCAAGUCAAAUUCUUAACACAAUUGAUUCAUACCUCGAGUUUACUGAUAUCAUUGCGUCCAUUUGAAACAGGUCGGGCUGAUGAUGUUACGGGUAUCUUUCGAAUCACUCGUGGACCUCGUGUCAACGAAACAAAGGUCGUUGUCGAAAACGAGUAUCUUUACCAUGUAUCUGAUACAGUCAAGCUUAUGUACCGCUAG